AUGGGUUCGCCCUCACCUGGGGACGAAUGGGCCACUACGCCGCUGGCGACACCUCAGUAUCUGCAUUUCUCGCAGCCGAACUCCUCUGGGGUGUCCGUAUCAAGCCACCAGAGCAGGCGGUUAGACAGAGCCAACUUCGAUGAAGCACUGAGGCACAGGACGAUGACCAAGUUCCUUUAUGGGAAAGGUGUUGCCAAUGGCUGGUUCGAUCUCAACAUGCCAAAAAGGCCACUCGGUGUCCUCCUGCGCCAGUCCAAUGGCACUUACAGCGUUGAGCCACAGGAUCUCGCCGAACCGAUGGUCCGCACGGUCGCAAGACUUGGCGUCCAGGCAGCUUUUUCAAUUGCCACGGAUUCGACAGACGCAAUCUUUGAUGUCAUUGGCGAUGAGGACUUUGGGAUCAUGCUAGGCAACGGCCUGGAUCUUCAAGUUGUCGACCAGAUGGCCGAUCUGAUGAGGAUCGGGCUUGCUCAUCCACGAAGAUAUCCCUAUGCCGCAUUGAUCAGAAACGAGCGAAUUCUUCUCGUGUGGCAUGACGAAGCUGACAAGUUGUUGCAACAAGCCGUCGCUACCGAGGAGCAAUUGAUGCAACUGAUAUGGGGGCCUACUCCAUUCACCGGCGGCAAUCACGCAUCUAGAGCUUUGACUGCGAGUUCAUUAAGUGUCUGGGAUCAAUCAAAAUCGAAGAGUAAGCUGUUCACCACCGAGAUCACCGAGAUCUCCGGCGACAUCGAAGAGCAAGAGCUCGAAAAGGAAUCCCUCGACCGGCCAGUGAAGCUCUACGGCGCCAUCGUCAUGGCUUGUUCGAUCUUCUUCCUGGUCUUCCUCAUAUUCGGCUACACCACAUCUCAUCUCAUUCUCGAGAUGCUUACAGACGGCGACAAAAUGCGAUUAGUUUGGAUUGCUUUCGAGCCGCUGACUCUAGUCGUGGCUAUGUUCUUCGCUCUGUCACUGGUGACAUAUGUUUUCCAGCUUUUUGGGCCGAUCACUGGCCUGUUCACCAAUACGCGAUUCUUCUCCAGCCAGAAACCGAACCUCAAGCAAGCGUACCACCUAGGUUUCACUCCUCCGCGAGUUACUAUACAAAUGGCUGUUUACAAGGAGUCAAUGGAGCUGGUCGUUAUUCCAACAGUCCGAAGUCUGAUGGCCGCAGUUUCGGAUUACGAGCUGGAAGGCGGCAAGGCCAAUAUCUUCAUCACGGACGAUGGCCUCGGAAUACUCCUCAAGACGGACCCUGCUGCCGCGCAAGCUCGCAUUGAAUGGUAUCAAGCCAACAACAUUGGAUGGGUAGCCCGACCAGGGAACGGCGAGGAUGGAUACUUCCGUACUGGACGAUUCAAGAAAGCCUCGAACUCGAAUUUCUGCAUGAACUUUGCCAAUAGGGUCGAACGAACUCUCACAAGACUCGUGCAUGCCCAGUGUCAAGCCAGAGACGGAAGUCCAGUCUUUAUCGACCCGGAACUUGAGGAGGUUCUCUACAACCAAGCUUUGACCGAAGAAAUGGCGAAGGACAGUCGAGUCAAAUCCGCCGGUGGAAACAUUCGUAUCGGCGAAGUCAUUCUUAUGUGCGAUUCAGAUACUCGAGUUCCCCGAGACUGCCUGAUCAACGGUGCGGCAGAGAUGUUCCUCUCACCAGAAGUCGCUAUCGUGCAACACCACACCAGCGUUACUCAGGUCUCCGGUGAUUUCUUCGAGAACGGCGCUACUUACUUUGCCAAAAUGUGCUAUGCACAAAUUCGGUUCCAGGUCAGCAAUGGUGAAUGCGCUCCCUUCGUCGGCCACAACGCUUUCGUGCGCUGGAAAGCGCUCCAGGAUGUCGCAAUGACUACAAAAGAUCCGAACUAUACCAUGUACUGGUCUGAAUAUCACAUUUCCGAGGAUUUCAACAUGAGCAUCCGACUUCAAAGCAACAACUGGGUCACUCGUUACGCUUCCUAUCAUGGGGACGAGUUUAGGGAGCAAGUCUCUCUUACCAUCUACGACGAAAUCAGCCGAUGGGAACGAUACUCGUAUGGCGACAGUGAGCUCUUGUUCAAUCCUAUGUGGUCCUGGCUCUGGAGAGGGCCUUUCACUCCGCUAUUCCGCAAGUUUCUGUUCAGUGACAUGCAUUGGUCCUCAAAACUCAGCAUCAUAUCAUACAUGGGCUCCUAUUAUGCCAUCGGCAGCGGCUUCUUCUACACUAUUGCCAACUAUGUUCUGGUUGGUCUCUUCUGGGAUGAAUUGGACAAAUUUUACACUGACUCAUGGUCCAUCUUUCUUUCCGUGGUUCUGGUAUUCUGGAUUCUCAGCAACAUUGCCCUAGCCGUCAUGCGAUUCCGCAUCGGCGAGCGAUCAUUCUUCGGCGGACUCUGGGAGGCUUUCAGGUGGCAGCCCAUGUACUGCUUCUACUUCUACGGACUCAGCUUCCACGUCAACAAAGCCUUGAUCGCCCACAUCGUCGGCUACGAAAUGACCUGGGAAAUGACCAAGAAGGAAGUCGAGAACUCGAACUUCUUCAAGGAAAUCCCGAAGAUUGUGAACAAAUUCAAGUACAUGUACAUUGUCAUGAUUCCACUCCUCGGUGGCGUGAUAUACAUGGCGUUCUUUGCACCAUUGGCAUGGAGGAUAACACAACCAGUGGCGAUUGUACCAAUGGCGUUGAUGAUUGUUUGUCAUUGCACAUUACCUUUCGUCCUCAAUCCGCAUAUUGUCAGCGCCGUUGACGAGUAUGCCGUUGACGACAAAGCACAUAUCGAGAAGCAAUAA